AUGCCACCACCGGUAUCAACUUCAACAGGUCUUACGAUCACCAAUCCCUUGGUAUUGUAUCGAGCUCUCUUGUCAACUAAAAUCAUAGACCCUGACCCUGCUCAACAUCGAUUAGCACUAGAACUUCAAAAAUUAUACUACCGCUUAAAGGAUUAUUCUCCCCAGGCCGAGUUUGGCGUUCGCCUUCAAACGAUCAGUCGAGCCGUGGAGAGAGCUCCAAAAGUCGACGAGGAUGGACAAUUAGCAGCACCUGGACAUCCGCUCCGCAGAAAUCCUUUAUUCUCCCGCCUCUUCUCGAAGAGAGAGGCACGAGAUGCUCUUGCUUUAACAAGAGUACUUACGAGUCAUGAAGCAGCUAUGAAUCUGGACUCCCCCAAGGGACUACUGCUCCACGGAGAGGUUGGAACAGGGAAAUCAAUGCUCGUUGAUCUCCUAGCUGACAGUCUCCCGAACCGAAAGAAGCGGAGAUGGCACUUCAAUACUUUCAUGCUAGAAACUUUUGCUAGGUUGGAGCACCUCAGACAGUCUCGCUCCCGGCGAGGGGCGCCCGAAGUAGAAUCUGAACAUUCCUUGAUCUGGUUAGCAAAGGAUAUGAUAGAGACGUCUCCAAUUUUGUUCCUAGACGAAUUCCAGCUGCCGGACCGAGCUGCAAGUAAAAUCUUGAGCAAUCUCUUCACUGCUUUCUUCCAACUGGGUGGUGUGCUUAUUGCAACCUCCAAUCGAAUGCCAGAUGAGUUGGCCAAAGCAAGCGGUAUGGACUUUGCAGCACCCCCGAGAGGAGGUCUUGUAAGGAAUUGGUUGGGCUCAGGCGCUGCGAGGGGCCUGUUUCCAGCGAAUAACGAGUAUGCCGCAUUUGUGGACGUGCUAAAGGCGAGGUGUGAAAUAUGGAGCAUGGAAGGCGGCAGGGAUUGGAGGAGAAGGGAGGCAGAGGAAAUGGAAGUCGAAUCGGCGGAAAUUGCGAAAGUGAUGAGAGAGGAAAUGAUAGGGGGCUUCGCUAAUAUGCAAGAAAGAAGGAUUGCCAUCGAACUCGAUCACGACACCACUAAGUUCGACGAAAUCUCAAGUUUUGGUUGUGCCGGGGAACAAUUGGAUUCUUCCCCAGAAGAAAUGAGCAUCAUCAAGGAAGUGACACCCAAGAAAUACAUACUGGCUUCCCCAGACAGUGAGGAGCUUUGGCGAAAGGCAAUACGCGCAUCGUUACCAGAUGGGACACCAGAACAAAUCCCGUGGGAAUCAACGACACUACUCGUCUACGGACGGACAAUUUCAGUUGAACGCCAUUUAGAAGGAGUGACAUAUUGGACAUUCCAAGAUCUUUGCAGAGCUACUUUUGGUUCAGCAGAUUACAUCACGCUGGCUUCAACGUUCCACACCAUUAUUCUGGAUGAGGUUCCCAUCCUGACGCUUCUGCAAAAGAACGAAGCCAGGCGACUCAUUACCAUGCUCGACGCCUUGUACGAAGCACGCUGUAAGCUACUCAUUCGGGCCAAUACUGGCCCGGACGACCUUUUUUUCCCUGAAACAAACAAAGCAAGGUCACCUGGGACGAUUUCAAGUCGAGCUGGAAAUGGCGGUGGCGACGCGGUGUAUCCAGAAACGUUCUCCGAGAUCUACCAAGACCAAACAUCUCCUUUCUGGCCAAAUGUCUCAUCUUAUACUGAUAAGCCAAAAACCGGCUAUGAUCCAGACGAAGAUUCAGACUUCGGUCCCAUUCCAGUAAAGGUGGAUGAGAUCGGACGUCAAAUUGACUUUGGAAUGACCAGUUCUUUCACAGGAGAGGAUGAGAGGUUUGCGUAUAAGCGUGCCAGGAGUCGACUUUGGGAGAUGUGUGAUGGAAGAUGGCAUGCGAGGUCGGAACCAGGCUGGUGGAGACCAUUGCCACUGGAUGUAAGGCGCUGGGAGCGUGCAUCAUCUUCAAUUUCGACCACUGCUGGGCCACCAUCUGUGAAUGGGGAUGUGAAGUUGGGGGAGUCCAUUGAACUUGACAGGCCAGCUGGGCUGCAAGGUAAAGAGAUAGAGGGGAGAGAAUGA